ACUAGUAGAGAGGUUCCGAAUCAACCACAACUCAUCGUGCAUGUAUCUCUCUAUCUGUUCAUUCCUGUACUUUAUGCUAUGCGCAUGGUUCUACUCUUCCUCCUUCUCCUCUUCGUCCCAACCUCCUUUGGGACAAUAGAAAGACUCCCAGAAGGUUCCUCACUUUCCGUUGAGAAACAAAACGACACCAUCGUUUCAUCCAACGGCGAUUUCUCAGCUGGAUUCUUCCAAGUCGGCGACAACGCCUUCUGCUUCUCGGUAUGGUUCACAAGGUCCGAACGACCCACCGUUUUAUGGAUGGCCAACCGCGACAAGCCCGUCAACGGCAGAGGCUCACACCUCUCCCUCUGGAAAGACGGUAACGUCGUUUUGACCGACGCAGGCGGAACCAUCAUCUGGGCAACCGCCACCCUCUCCUCCUCACAACAACUACACCUAAAGCUAAGAAACAACGGAAACCUCGUUCUCCUCGCUUCCAAAUCCACCAAUACCACCAUCAUUUGGCAAAGCUUCGAUUCCCCAACGGACACCCUUCUUACUCUCCAACCACUCACGGAGCAAGCGAGCCUCGUUUCCUCGAGAAGCACAACGAACCAUUCCUCGGGAUUCUACAAACUCUACUUCGACAACGACAACGUUCUUCGCUUACUCUACAAGGGUCCCACGUUGUCCAGCGUGUACUUUCCAGAGCCGUGGAGGCUUCCAAUGGAUAUAGGCAGAUCCACCUACAAUGUUACCAAAACCGCGGUCUUAGAUUCCUUUGGACGAUUCACUUCCUCUGAUGGCUUCCAAUUCCGCUCCACCGAUCAUCCCAAAAAACUGUUUCGAAGACUCACCAUGGAUCCUGACGGUAACUUGCGUUUGUAUAGCUUCGACGAGAAGCUUAAGACGUGGCAGGUGACGUGGCAGCUUAUUCCCCAACCGUGUACCGUUCAUGGCAUUUGCGGAGCUAACAGCGCGUGCAAUUACGAUCGUGUUGUCGGAAGGACCUGCUAUUGUUUAAAAGGGUUUAAGGUUAAGGAUCCUAAUGAUUGGACUCAGGGGUGUGAGCCCGAGUUCGAUCCUUCUGUUUUUUCUUGCAACAGUGGCGAGUCUAUGGGUUUUCUCCAUUAUCCAACCACGGAGUUGUACGGCUAUGACUGGAACAUAACAGUGGUUAAUAGCUUGGAGGAAUGCCUGAAUCUAUGCCUGGAACUUUGUGAUAAGUGCGUAGCUGUUCAAUUCAAGUUCAACGAUGUUGCUAAGUAUAAUUGUUACCCCAAAACGAUGGUAUUCAAUGGAAGGUAUACUCCUAAUUUCGACGGAGAGAUGUAUCUGAAGUUGCCGCAAGCGAUUUUGGGCUCAUCUGCCACGCCUCUUAAUAAGCAUUCAACGAUGAAUUGUACCGCUGGUUUGUCUCAACAGUUGGAGAGGUUUUACGAAGCGCCUAGUAGAAACUCCACGUUGAGUUUCUUGGUUUGGUUCGCUUGCGGGAUGGGGGUGUUUGAGUUGUCCACCAUUUUCCUGGUGUGGUUCUUCUUGUUCAGAACCAGCAAGAACUCUGAGACGGUGGAUCAACAACGGCACCUUCUUUCCGCCACUGGGUUUCAGAGGUUCACCUACGCAGAGCUCAAAAGCGCAACAAAAGGGUUCAAAGAAGAAAUUGGACGAGGAGCGGGUGGGGUUGUUUACAAAGGAGUACUCUAUGAUGACCGUGUUGCGGCUAUUAAACGCUUAGGAGAAGCUACACAAGGAGAAGCUGAGUUUUUGGCGGAGAUAAGCACAAUAGGCAUGUUGAACCACAUGAAUUUGAUUGACAUGUGGGGGUACUGCGUUGAAGGGAAGCAUAGGAUGUUGGUGUAUGAGUACAUGGAACAUGGGUCCUUAGCGGGCAAUCUUUUUUCUAAUACCCUUGAUUGGAAGAAGAGGUUUAACGUUGCUGUGGGUACAGCGAAAGGUUUGGCUUAUUUGCACGAAGAGUGUUUGGAGUGGAUUUUGCAUUGCGAUGUGAAGCCUCAAAACAUUCUCCUUGACUCGGAUUUCCAACCCAAGGUGGCGGAUUUCGGUUUGUCAAAACUUUUAAACAGAGACGAGCGUGGGAAUUCUACUUUCUCAAGAAUAAGAGGGACACGAGGUUACAUGGCUCCGGAGUGGGUUUACAAUCUGCCCAUAACUUCCAAGGUGGAUGUUUAUAGUUAUGGGAUUGUGGUGUUGGAAAUGGUGACUGGAAGGAGCCCUAUGGAAAUUCACAGCCUUGAGAACAGUAGGGGCAUAGAGCAGCGACGGUUGGUGAUGUGGGUAACGGACAAGAUAAACGAUGCACCCACGAGUGGGUUUUGGAUUGAGGAGAUACUUGAUCCCAACUUGGAAGGCCAAUGCCAAGUUUCGCAAGUUGAGGUUUUGGUUAAGGUGGCUUUGCAGUGUGUGCAAGAUGACAUGAAUCAAAGACCCUCCAUGAGCCAAGUAGUGGAGAUGCUUCUGUCCCAUGAAAAUAAUGUGCUCCCUCGUUAAUCUUUUUUUAUUUGUUUGUCCUUGUUUUUAAUUUUUAAUUUGCUGCUAUGUAAUAGUCCACGGUUAGUUUUUACUGACUGAAUUUUCAAUUUUUCAAAAAAUUAAUAAACCUCAACUAUGUCAUGAUGCAUUAAUUAUCUUA